UUUGUUCAGUAGCACUUGGCUGCCGGGGAGGUGAGAAUCGUUGUAGCUCUUCUCAUCACGUUUCGUCUGUCUCACUUCUCUUUGCGCAAUAGGACGGACACCAGAUACUCCGUUUUUGUGUUUUGGAACUCUCCAAAACGCGAUUCGUUAUUUUUUCCAACUCUUUAUACGGUUUUGGUGCGCUCGAUGGCUCGCACUGCUGACUGUGGCUCGUGACUAACAGAACAACUGCACGGAAUCAGACCAACGUUACUCUGAGGCGGCAUCGCUCUACAUUCCUGAGGACUUGACAGAGACACCAGAGCGGCUCACGGUCAUCUCCUCCUAAAAGGUCCAGGAUGUUGGGUGAGGUGGUCCCUGUCUGUGGACUGCAGGUUCUGCUGACGGCCCUCCUGCUCUCUCUGGGCUAUGGCCUGGUGUGGUCAGACCCGGUGGUGAACAUGAGGAAGGUGACCCACCAGAGGGUGAGGGAGCAGCUAGCCAACACCGUCCUGCUGCCCUGUGUCUUCACCCUGCGCCCCACCCCUACCCACGAGCCCCCCCGCAUCAAGUGGACCAAGGUGUGGGGCCAGAGGGGCGACGARGGUCGGCAGAGGGAACAGUCCAUCCUGGUCGCCAAGUACAACGUGGUCAAGGUUAAGAAGGCAUUCCAGGGGCGUGUCACCCUGCCCGGUUACCAGGACAACCGUUACAACGCCAGCCUGGCGCUCAGCGGUCUGCGCUCCAGUGACUCGGGCAUGUACCGCUGUGAGGUGGUGGUAGGCAUCAACGACGAACAGGACACCGUGCCCCUGGAGGUUACAGGUGUGUUGUUCCACUACCGUGCCCCCCACGACCGCUACGCCCUGUCCUUCCCCGACGCCCAGCGGGUGUGUCUGGAGAACUCGGCUGUCAUCGCCACGCCUGCUCAGCUCCAGGCCACCUUUGCCGACGGGUAUGACAACUGUGAUGCCGGCUGGCUCUCUGACCAGAGCGUGAGGUACCCUAUCCAGUCUCCCAGGCCUGGUUGCUAUGGCGACAUGCAGGACUCACCUGGAGUGCGCAACUACGGCAAUCUGGCCCCUGAUGAGCUGUUUGAUGUCUACUGCUUUUCCAAGCAACUGCAAGGUGAGGUGUUCCACUUGUCUGUACCAGAGAAGCUGAGCCUGGCRACAGCCUCUACCCACUGCCACGCUCUAAGUGCCCAGCUGGCCACGGCAGGGCAGCUCUACCUAGCUUGGCAGGCCGGCCUGGACCAGUGUGACCCAGGCUGGCUGGCUGACGGCAGCGUGCGCUACCCCAUAAAUCUUCCCCGGCGCAACUGUGGCGGGGAUGAUCCGGGGGUGCGCACUGUCUACCACAACCCCAACCGCACCGGUUUCCCAGUAACCACCACCCGCUUCGACGCCUACUGCUACCGAGAACGUGAAGCAGGAGUCCAGGCAGCCCAGCCAGGGUUCCUCCAAUACAGAGAACCAGAGAACAACUCAUCAGACACUGAGCCCCAGCGCUCUGACCCCUUCCCCCAACCCUCCACCUGGACUGGCAUCGUGGACCUGGACAAGGAMGGAAUCAGCUCCAUCGCUAGAGGCAACGAGUCCUCUGAGAUCUCAGAGGAGCACGUGGUAAUCCAUCUCCAGCCAGGGGAGGGUACCCAGGAGAACCAGGAGACCCAGGACCGAUCCAAGACUAUAGCCCCUCAGGACGCCUCCUCCAGCCCUAAGACCAAGACCAGUACCCUAAGUCUGUCUGCCCUGGAGAGUCUGGAGACCCACGGAGGUUCUGCCCAGGAGGAGGUGGAGGGUGAGGGAGACGAGGAGGGGCGUUUCGGGUCGUCGGACUCCCCUCUUUCCUCCCAGACCUCUCCAACGCUCCAGGCCCAGACUGCCAAUAGCGUUCUCCACAGCUUCGUCAACAACCUGAUGAAGCCCUUCAAGUAUUGGACAGGCUCUGUGGAGACUGACACGGAGGCCCCUCCCCCAGCCACACAUGCCUCACUGCCUGAGGGGACAUUAACUGUGGCAGACCAGGCACCCCCAGGGUCGGCUAAGGUCAACCCCACCGAAGGGAAGUCCAAGCUUGGCAGCAAAGGAAGCACUGACAACGGCAUCAUGGAGCAUCGGAGCGGAGGCUCCUCGCUCAAGACAUCCACCGGUGGGCUCACCAGCUCAGAGGAGGGUCUGACUGAGCAGGAGAAAGAGGUGGUCCCAUUUGGCCCUGUGAUCCUGUACACCCAGCCAGGGAGGAAGGAUUCAAGCACAUCCUUAACCAACCCUUCAGCCUCCUCCUCUAAUGGAUUCACAGAACUGGGGCCCGGUGGUAGUAGCAAGACUGUGGAGGCUUUGAAUGUAUCAGGAGGCCCCCACCAUGGCACCAGGUAUGAGCUGGCUUCAUCCCCAGGGGCCCCGGCACCAGCCACAGGCAGCCAGCUGAGAUGGGCCCUCAAGGCCAUGAAGGGUUCUAAGCUUGUGCCAGAGGGACACAUGGCCUACGUGGGGAAGGAUUCCACCUGGGAGCCAAUGGAGGCCAAAGCAGGGCCCCUGGAGGUCAUGACCCUGCCAACCAACCCAGAGAACUACUCUGGUGAGGGGAGGGACCAGGAUGAGGACCACAGCAUCCCCCGAGACGUCCUAGAAAGAAUGGAGGGGGAUAAAGAGACAGAGACGGAGGGAAGCGGGAGAGGAGUGAACGACUUACCAAGAGGCUUUGGAUCUAACGGUAACCCCAAUCCAGCCAGCGGUGCCAGCAGCAGCACAAUGCCUCCUGUGUCUGGACUGAAACCCACCCAGACCCAAACCCAGAGCCAGACAGUAGCAGAACACACCACUAUCUCCCAGUGGCAGCUGGUGGACCAGCCCACCACCUCACCUGCAGCUGCUGCUUCUGCUGCAGGCUCCAGCCAGGGCCCGGGGGGAACCGUUGAGGAGGCCAGGGGAGAGAUUGUCUAUGUCCGACGCCCCACUGAGAAACUGCUUCCAGCCACCUCCAGUAAGAAAGGUGACUUCUCCCCUGUGAUCAGGAAGCAGAACCUGAACACAACCAGCGUGACUGAGAGACAACGCAGCCCAGAUGAGGCCACCACACCUGGGGUUACCUCUAGACCUGCAGCCCCUAUGGAGCCCCUGACCACCAUCAAAACUGCCAUAGCAGACACCCAGAAAACAGAUUCCACCAGGGAGCCUCCUAUCUCCAUCGUAUGGGUUCCGGUGGAGAGAGAGAAGACAAUCAGUACCACACCUCUGACCAGAGAUGGACCACAAACGGCCACAGCUUCCACUCAGUUGACCACGCCAGUGUCCAUUCUGAAGAGCAGCGAUCGUGAGGCCGAGUCCAGGUUGGCCGUUUCAGAGUCGUUCGUGGUGGGAAAAGGGUGGAAGCCUUUGGGAGGGAGGAACCCCAAAUCUAAGGAGGACAAAUCCCCUAUGACCACAGAGAAAACAGAGAAGAACCCCUUUGGUGUCUUUGUGCCCACCUGGGGCUAUGACCUCAACCCUUCAGCUGAGGACAACCCUUGCCAGACCAACCCCUGUCUGCAUGGAGGCAGCUGCCUGCCGGAGGGCGACGGCUACAGCUGCUACUGCCCCCAGGGCUACUCUGGAGAGAGCUGUGAGAUCGACAUCGACGACUGCCAGUCCAACCCGUGUCAGAACGGAGGCACCUGCAUCGAUGAGAUCAACUCCUUUGUGUGCCUGUGUCUGCCCAGCUACGGUGGAGCCACGUGUGAGAAAGGGAAAGGAGGAAGUGAUUGA